GUGCCUGUCCCUCCCCCCCCAGGAGUCAACAUUGAGGAGCACAUCCAGAUCCGGCAGGAGGAGAAACGCCAGCGGAUCAACCGCCGACACCGGCUGGAGGAGGGACAAGGUACGGACUAGGAGGGGAUAGGUGCUAGGGGAAGGUGUGUGUGUUUUUGUUUGGGGAGCAGAAAAGGCAGAGGAUCAAAUAUCGGUAUAUGGUUACAUUGGUGUGUGUGUGUUUGUGGGUGUCGGCAGGUAAGGGUUUGGGGGGUUGAGGGUGUGUGUGUUGAUGGGUGGAUUGACCUGAUUGGUAUGAUAGCUGUGUGGGGCCAUGAACAAUAUGGGCAGGGGAAGACAGUGGAAUGGUAAACAAAACUCUUUAACUCUUUCUUCUAUUUCCAAUAGACCAUUCAGUACUCUGACCCUGUCAUUGCAAUGAUUUUGGGUUUCCCAUAUUUCCUUAUUGUGCCGUUGUGAUCCACUUUUUCGAGCUGAAAGACAGCCAGAGCUUACCCAUGAUGUUGCACAACGAUUUAAGUCAAUAAGUAAAUGUUUUAGUCAAAUUAUAAUAUAUUUUAGCUUGAAGUGACAAAUCCAAACUGCCCACUUUGUGCAAAUCCGUGUGAAUGCAGUGUCUCUUCCUAUGAUAUGACAUACAAGUUCUUUUCAGCUACGUUUCGUUUCAGGGCUGGGUUUUAUUUGAAUGUUACCACCCACCAACAUUGCAGGUGUUUCUGAUUAAUAAACAAUGCCAAGUUAUUCCUCUUCGCCACUGAGACUAGCCAAACUGCCUAGUGUCCACUUGGCCGCCUGAGCCGUGGAGCAAAUUAAAAUGGGGGGUGCAUCUUUUUCUUUUUUUCUUAUCACAUUGUAUACUUUGUCAAUUUGCACUUACUUUUGAGCUAGUCUGUAUAAAAAAUAUAUAUAUAAAAAAAAAUAUAUAUAUAUAUAUAUACACAGUGGGGAGAACAAGUAUUUGAUACACUGGCAAAUUUGCAGGUUUUCCUACUUACAAAGCAUGUAGAGGUCUGUAAUGUUUUUCAUAGGUACAGUUCAACUGUGAGAGACGGAAUCUAAUACAAAAAUCCAGAAAAUCAUAUUGUAUGAUUUUUAAGUAAUUCAUUUGCAUUUUAUUGCAUGACAUAAGUAUUUGAUCAUCUUCCAACCAGUAAGAAUUCUGUCUCUCACAGACCUGUUAGUUUUUCUUUAAGAAGCCAUCCUGUUCUCCACUAAUUACCUGUAUUAACUGCACCUGUUUGAACUCAUUACCUGUAUAAAAGACACCUGUCAACACACUCAAUCAAACAGACUCCAACCUCUCCACAAUGGCCAAGACCAGAGAGCUGUGUAAGGACAUCAGGGAUACAAUUGUAGACCUGCACUAGGCUGGGAUGGGCUACAGGACAAUAGGCAAGCAGCUUGGUGAGAAGGCAACAACUGUUGGCACAAUUAUUAGAAAAUGGAAGAAGUUCAAGAUGACGGUCAAUCACCCUCGGUCUGGGGCUCCAUGCAAGAUCUCACCUCGUGGGGCAUCAAUGAUCAUGAGGAAGGUGAGGGAUCCGCCCAGAACUACACGGCAGGACCUGGUCAAUGACCUGAAGAGAGCUGGGACCACAGUCUCAAAGAAAACCAUUAGUAACACACUACGCCGUCAUGGAUUAAAAUCCUGCAGCACACGCAAGGUCCCCCUGCUCAAGCCAGCGCAUGUCCAGGCCCGUCUGAAGUUUGCCAAUGACCAUCUGGAUGAUCCAGAGGAGGAAUGGGAGGUCAUGUGGUCUGAUGAGACAAAAAUAGAGCUUUUUGGUCUAAACUCCACUCGCCGUGUUUGGAGGAAGAAGAAGGAUGAGUACAACCCCAAGAACACCAUCCCAAUCGUGAAGCAUGGAGGUGGAAACAUCAUUCUUUGGGGAUGCUUUUCUGCAAAGGGGACAGGACGACUGCACCAUAUUGAGGGGAGGAUGGAUGGGGCCAUGUAUCGCGAGAUCUUGGCCAACAACCUCCUUCCCUCAGUAAGAGCAUUGAAAAUGGGUCGUGGCUGGGUCUUCCAGCAUGACAACGACCCGAAACACACAGCCAGGGCAACUAAGGAGUGGCUCCGUAAGAAGCAUCUCAAGGUCCUGGAGUGGCCUAGCCAGUCUCCAGAACUGAACCCAAUAGAAAAUCUUUGGAGGGAGCUGAAAGUCCGUAUUGCCCAGCGACAGCCCCGAAACCUGAAGGAUCUGGAGAAGGUCUGUAUAGAGGAGUGGGCCAUGAUCCCUGCUGCAGUGUGUGCAAACCUGGUCAAGACCUACAGGAAACGUAUGAUCUCUGUAAUUGCAAACAAAGGUUUCUGUACCAAAUAUUAAGUUCUGCUUUUCUGAUGUAUCAAAUAGUUAUGUCAUGCAAUAAAAUGCAAAUUAAUUACUUAAAAAUCAUACAAUGUGAUUUUCUGGAUUUUUGUUUUAGAUUCCGUCUCUCACAGUUGAAGUGUACCUAUGAUAAAAAUUACAGACCUCUACAUGCUUUGUAAGUAGGAAAACCUGCAGAAUCGGCAGUGUAUCAAAUACUUGUUCUCCCCACUGUAUCUGGGGAAGGGUACCAACAAAUGUCUGCAGCAUUGAAGGUCCCCUAGAACACAGUGGCCUCCAUCAUUCUUAAAUGGAAGAAGUUUGGAACCACCAAGACUCUUCCUAGAGCUGGCCGCCCGGCCAAACUGAGCAAUUGUGGAGAAGGGCCUUGGUCAGGGAGGUGACCAAGAACCCGAUGGUCACUCUGACAGAGCUCCAGAGUUCCUCUGUGGAGAUGGGAGAACCUUCCAGAAGGAUAACCAUCUCUGCAGCACUCCACCAAUGAGGCCUUUAUGGUAGAGUGGCCAGACGGAAGCCACUCAUCAGUAAAAGGCACAUGACAGCCCGCUUGGAGUUUGCCAAAAGGCACCUAAAGGACUCUCAGAACAUGAGAAGCAAGAUUCUCUGGUCUGAUGAAACCAAGAUUGAACUAUUUGGCCUGAAUACCAAGCGUCACGUCUGGAGGAAACUUGGUUCCAUCCCUACGGUGAAGCAUGGUGGUGGCAGCAUCAUGCUGUGGGGAUGUUUUUCAGCGGAAGGUACUGGGAGACUAGUCAGGAUUGUGGGAAAGAUGAGCGGAGCAAAUUAUAGAGAGAUCCUUGAUGAAAACCUGCUCUAGAGUGCUUAGGACCUCAGACUGGGGAUAAGGUUCACCUUCCAACAGGACAACGACCCUAAGCACACAGCCAAGACAACGCAGGAGUGGCUUCGGGACAAGUCUCUGAAUGUCCUUGAGUGGCCCAGCCAGAGUCCAGACUUGAACCUGAUUAAUAUAAUAACAAUAAUAAUAUGCCAUUUAGCAGACGCUUUUAUCCAAAGCGACUUACAGUCAUGCGUGCAUACAUUUUUUUUUGUGUAUGGGUGGUCCCGGGGAUCGAACCCACUACCUUGGCGUUACAAGCGCCGUGCUCUACCAGCUGAGCUACAGAGGACCACUAAACAUUAAACAUGGAGAAACCUGAAAAUAGCUGUGCCGCGAUGCUCCCCAUCCAACCUGACAGAUCUGCAGAGAAGAAUGGGAGAAAUUCCCCAAAUACAGGUGUGCCAAGCUUGUAGCGUCAUACCCAAGAAGACUCUAGGCUGUAAUCGCUGCUAAAGGUGCUUCAACAAAGUUCUGAGUAAAGGGUCUGAAUACUUAUCUAAAUAUGGUAUUUAAUUUUUGUAUUUUCUUUAUACAUUUGUAAAAAUGUUGUACUUUUUUUUUUUUUUGCCUUGUCAUUAUGGGGUAUUGUGUAUAGAUUGAGGGGAAAACAUGUUUUAAUCCAUUUUAGAAUAAGGCUAUAACUUAACAAAAUAUGGAAAAAGUCAAGUGGUCUGAAUACUUUCCGAAUGCACUGUAGAUAGCAUGCUAGCUAGCUACACUGACAGCUAUCAGUGCCCUAUUUGUUGAUGUUUAUCAACUCCACGUGGAAAUUCCCACUCCCAAUUCGUGAAUAUGUUCAAGUAGCCUUUGUCAUUCUUUGGAGUUGGAACGUAAAUGUGUAUUUUCUCUCUAGGACAGGAAAUUGCUUAAAAAUAGUAGCUGUAACUUCCUCUGAUUUCAACAUAAAUUGUUUUACUUUUAAAUUCAUAAUAUGCAGUGUAUAGCCAUUGAUUCUUGAAGAAUAUAACUUAUAAAUGCCUCAAUUGUCUAUCCCCAUCAGAACCCAAAAUAUAAGCUUGUUCUACUCCUUUGUUUGCAAAGGAUGCAAUUGUAAACAAACACUGAAUAGCUUAAAAACAUGGUUAAGACUAUAAUUUUUAUCUCAGAGAUGGUCAGUCCUUGCAUCCAUAGGUCUGUCUAUGAAUUUGACAGUGGUUACAUUUAUCCAGCCCCAUCCCCCAGAUGUGUACCGAAACAGUGGCGUGGUGACCGCUUUGCAAGUUUUUGAACUUCAGAUUGCCCCUUUAAGUAAAGAUCCCUUCUAAAUAGGUUUCCUCUCUCUGGUGCAUUAGUAUAAAUACAAAAGACAAACCGAAGGAGAGAGAAUAAGAAACAAUUGGGAGUCUAUUAAGUUAAUUCUUCUUUUGCUUUGGCACUAGAGUCCUUGGACGGCGACACUACUUUUGUUAAAUAAAAAUCUAUAUCACAGUCCAACUCGAUUGAACAACACUCUCUAAGCAGCAGAGUAGAUUUCUUACAGCGGCCGUCGACUGACACAGCAUAAUUAGAUGCAGGUGAAACUGCAGGCGUUGUCAAAGCGCCUCGCCUCAAACAACAAGCAGACUAUAUUAUGGGAUUGAUAGAUCAGUAAGGAGAGAAGAGAAGUUGUGACGGAUAGACUUCCGACACCGAUUGCGCUUAUUUCAUGUCAUCCUAGACGUCGGUGGAGGCUUUCAAAUUAGUAUUUAUAGCCACAAAUGAAAUGAUUUAAGUCUUUUUUUUAUCCGAACAGGGCACAUUUAAAAUAUCCUUCAUGGAUAAUCACUAAUUGGUAUAAAUAGAUGGUUUAUGUGCCCUGUAGUUAUAUUUGGAAGCAACAAAUUAAAGGUGCAAUAUGCUGUGCCAUUUCCUGGUUGCUAAAAUUCUAGUAGUUCUCCUAAUUUCAGUUUGUGACAGAACAAGUAAUCUAUAGUGUGGAGAAUCAUUGUACCAUCUAAACCCCUGUGAAAUACUGUAUCUUUUCAAUAACCAAACAUUUUGUAUUUUCAGCUUUUUGAAGCUGGUGUACAAAACCAAAAGGAGAAGACGAAAAAACUAAAUUUAAGAACUGGAAACAUAGAAAUAGCGCACAUAGAACAGAUCCACCAGUUCUUAGACUUGCUUUCAAUGAGAAUUACAGAUCUAUAACUCACAUCUAUAACUCACAAACGUACUGCAAAUUGAGAAAUCAUGUGACUAAACUGAAUAAAAAUAAGAAGAAACUACACUAUGAAACAAAGAUAAAUGACAUAAAGCAUGACAGUAAAAAGCUUUGGAUCACCUUAAAUGAGAUUUUGGCCAAAAAGACAAACUAAGCUCCGUCAUUCAUUGAAUCAGAUGGCUCAUUCAUCACAAAACCCACUGAUAUUGCCAACUACUUUAAUUAUUUUUUUUCAUUGGCAAGAUUAGCAAACUUAGGCAUGACAUACCAGCAACAAACACUGACACUACACAUUCAAGUAUAUCUGACCAAAUUAUGAAAGACAAGCAUUGUAAUUUUGAAUUCCGUAAAGUAAGUGUGGAAGAGGUUGAAAAGAUGAUUGUCGAUCAACAAUGACAAACCACCGGGGUCUGACAACUUGGAUGGAAAACUACUUAGGAUAAUAGCGGACAAUAUUGACACUCCUAUUUGCCAUAUCUUUAAUUUAAGGCUGCUAGAAAGCGUGUGCCCUCAGGCCUGUACUAAGAAUAGUAAAGCCCCCUUUACUGGCUCAAAUAGCCGACCAAUCAGCCUACCAACCGUUAGUAAACUUUUGGAAAAAAUUGUGUUUGAUAAAAUGCUAUUUCACAGUAAACAAAUUGACAACAUACUUUCAGCACGUUUAUAGGGAAGGACAUUCAACAAGCACAGCACUUACACAAAUGACUGAUGAUUGGCUGAGAGAAAUUGAUGAUAAAAAUAUUGUGGGGGAUGUUUUGUUAUACUUCAGUGCAGCUUUUGACAUUAUCGAUCAUAGUCUGUUGCUGGAAAAACGUAUGUGUUAUGGCUUUACACCCCCUGCUAUAUUGUGGAUAAAGAGUUACCUGUCUAACAGAACACAGGGGGUGUUCUUUAAUGGAAGCCUCUCCAACAUAAUCCAGGUAGAAUCAGGAAUUCCCCAGGGCAGCUGUCUAGGCCCCUUACUUUUUUCAAUCUUAACUAACGACAUGCUUUGAGUAAAGCCAGUGUGUCCAUGUAAGCGGAUGACUCAACACUAUACACAUCAGCUACCACAGCGACUGAAAUGACAGCAACACUUAAAAAAGAGAUACAGUUAGUUUCAUAAUGGGUGGCAAGGAAUAAGUUAGUCCUAAAUAUUCCAAAAAUGUAAAAUAUUGUAUUUGGGACAAAUCAUUUUCUAAACCCUAAACCUCAACUAAAUCUUGUAAUUAAUAAUGUGGAAAUUGAGCAAGUUGAGGAGACUAAAUUGCUUGGAGUAACCCUGGAUUGUAAACUGUCAUGGUCAAAAAAUAUUGAUACAACAGUAGCUAGGAUGGGGAGAAGUCUGUAUAAUAAAGCGCUGCUCUGCAUUCUUAACAGCACUAUCAACAAGGCAGGUCCUACAGGCCCUAGUUUUGUCGCACCUGGACUGCUGUUCAGUCGUGUGGUCAGGUGCCACAAAGAGGGACUUAGGAAAAUUGCAAUUGGCUCAGAACAGUGCAGCACGGCUGGCCCUUGGAUGUACACAGAGAGCUAACAUGAAUAAUAUGCAUGUCAAUCUCUCCUGGCUCAAAGUUGAGGAGAGAUUGACUUCAUCACUACUUGUAUUUGUGAGAGAUAUUGACAGCUGUCUGUUUGAACUACAGGCACACAGCUCAGACUCCCAUGCAUACCCCACAAGACAUGCCUCCAGAGGUCUCUUCACAGUCCCCAAGUCAAGAACAGACUAUGGGAGGUGCAUAGUACUACAUAGAGCCAUGACUACAUGGAACUCUAUUCCACAUCAAGUAACUCAUGCCAGCAGUAAAAUUUGAUUUAAAAACAGAUACAAAUACACCUUAUGGAACAGUGGGGACUGUGAAGCAACACAAACAUAGACACAUGCAUGUAAACACACGAUAACAUACGCACUAUACACACAUGUACACAUGGAUUUUGUGUUAUAGAUAUGUGGUAGUAGAGUAGAGGCCUGAGGGGGCACACUUAAUAUGUUGUGAAAUCUGUUAUGAAUGUAUUGUGAUGUUUUUAAAAUGUAAAACUGCCUUAAUUUUGCUGGACCCCAGGAAGAGUAGCUGCUGCCUUGGCAGCCACUAAUGGGGAUCCAUAACAAAUACAAAUACAAAUACUUUCCUAUGUGAAUUUGGUCGGGUUGCCCUAAAAGUAACAUAUUGCAGCUUUAAGAUGCUGUAGAGGAAAAUGCAGAUGGAAGAUGUAAAAGAUACCACAGUCCCACUAUUCUUAAUCGGGAUUAAUAAUACGUCAAACUGGUUUACCCAUUAGGAUUAUUCUAUACUAAGAUCUUUCCCUCUUCUACCCUAAUUUCUCCCCCACAACUGAUGGUUCUGAGGUUGAGAGCAGGGGAAUGUGUAGGUAUUGAUAUUGAAUAGAAAAUAAUACUGAGGGAGUAUAGAUUUUCUGAAGAAUGUCUCUUAAAGGUCAAAUAUAGGAUAUUAUGCUACUAUAGAGGUAAAGCAUCAAGGGGAGAGGGUGUGUUCUUGUACCCCUAUUUUUGCACUCCUCUUGAAAAGUUACUCUAUACUCUAGAGAGCAAUGUCUCUCCAACCCCAUUGGACUCAUUCAGUCAGGCCAAUUAUUCAACCCUAUCCAACAGAACCCUGGUCCAUGGACUGGUGUGUGAGGUAUAUGCUGACUAUUCCAGCAGUUAGUUAGUUUGUUACUUAGUUUAUAAAAUGAGGAAGACCAUAGCAUGUCAGUCCGUGGUAUAAGAUGGGAUCAAUAAACACCGUUCUAUGUUCACUGUAAUGCAUGGGCCUUCAUCCUCCCUGUUCCUCUCACCAAUCACUAUGACCUCUGAAACAAUAAGAAUCCUAUGAAAGCCAAUGGCCCCCUAAAUUCACAUUAAACUUUUAUACAGAACAGGUAUGACAGUAUUUUCAGAACUUUUUAAAAAUACAUUCAGCUGGAAAGAACUGCACUAAGCCCUGGAUUAUGUUGCUGUGUAGUUAGGCGUCAUAGGCACCUGCAAGUGAUACGCCACAUUGAAAUUGAGCAUGGAGCAAUUGAAACAACCCCCACAAAAAGAAAGGUCCUGCUCUGUUUGAGGUUUGGAGAGUUUUUUUACCUUCUUUUUUACCUUCUUUUCACAUGCCUUCAUUACCUUUCCUUCCUUCUCUCCCUUCUUUUUUUCUUGGAAUCACUUGCUUAUUCCAGCUUCCUUCUCCAGGACUGUCGGUGUUCCGAUCCUAAGACACCCAUCUCUGAAGCUGCAAACGGAGUUCUCUCCCUCUUUCUUAACCCCUACCCUCUCUCUCUCCUGCCUGCUCCCUCCUUCCCCCUCUCCACCUGACUGAUGGCCUGUUCACCUUUACAGACGGGAGCAGCGAGCGAGUGGAGAAGGACCCCCAUAAGAUCACCACCUACCCCCCGAGGGUGGUGCAUUUCGACUGCGAGAUGACAGCUGUGCAGGUCAGCUGCGGCUUCCACCAUUCAGGUAGGUCCCCCGGCCACUUCCUGUCACUCACUCCCUGCUUCUUCUUUGAUCUCUUCUUCGGUGGUCUUUGAUCACAAGAGGAAGACUGUGUUGAUGAGUGUUUUCUGGCCACAUAUCAAAUAACCACAGGUCAUAAAGGUAUUUCAAUAAAAACUGUUAAAGGAAUUUACCCUUCACUAAGCCCCGCCCCUUUUGUUACUGUUGCUACCUCGGUCAACAUUUCCCCGGGAAACUCAAUUCCCCAUUCAAACUAUUUGAGAAAACCCCUGAGAAUGAUAUCAAACUGUGUUCUAAUACACAAUGAAAUUAAACACAAACUAACCAUUGCUAAUCAGAAGACUCUUGGGUAUGUGGCGGACUCAUUACAAUUGCUUCACAGGAACUUGGUAAAAUGACGUUUGUAGUGUGGCUAGCCACUGGAUGGCUGUGAAUGCACCAUCCACAUGCGGUCAAAGCUGCUAACUUUUGGACCAAACUAGUGCUCUUAAGUCAUAUCCUUCUAUCGACAGCAGAUGAGAGUUGUAUUCAUAAUCAAGCUAACUUAGCUAGCUAACAUACAUUUGGAGAAAACAUGUUAUAUUACCUGGCUAGCUAGCUUCCUUUAGCAGCAUUUGUAUUGGUGGUCAAUGAGACAGAGCUAGCUAACCAGCUAGCAAACAAUGGAACAGAUUUGAAAAAUACUCCAUCAAUAGGCUCUGCAUUUUAGGACUCACAGUCGCAAGUACAUAUUACCUCAACUACCUCAACUAGCCGGUGCCCCCGCACAUUGACUCUGCAACGGUACCCCCUGUAUAUAUAGCCUCCCUACUGUCACUUUAUUUUACUUCUGCUCUUUUUUUUCUCAACACUUUUUUUGUUGUUGUUUUAUUUUUACUUUUUUUUUGUUUAAAAUAAAUGCACUGUUGGUUAAGGGCUGUAAGUAAGCAUUUCACUGUAAUGUCUGCACCUGUUGUAUUCGGCGCAUGUGACCAAUACAAUUUGAUUUGAUUUGAUUUGAAGUGAGUGUUGGAGCUCAUGGUAAGAAUUUUGACCGCACCUUGCGGUUGAUACCAUUCUCUUUUAUGUUUUACUUUGUAAAAAUAAGCUUACAGGACUGUUUUAUUACUGUAACUAUAUGACUAAUCAAAUGUAUUGUAAGGGAAAUUAAACAUUAUAUGUGUUGCAGUAUGCCUUUAGAAUAAUGCAAACAUAUCCUUGACUCUUUCUAAGUGGGAAACAAACAAUGCCAGUCAGCCUGUAUAGCCGGACCAUCAAAACUACACCUAAACUAUACCAAAAUGAAUUUUACACAUAAUAAGAGUUAGCCUAUAGACAAUAUUAAAUUGACAAUCUGAUGAGUGACAAUAUUAGGCCUAUCAGUUGUCAAAUUGAACAAAAAGACAUGGGCGCAUCUUGUAAUUGACAGAUGCAGGGAAAUUGAGCAUCACUUUAUCAAAUCCGCAAACAUUUAGAUUUCUAUAUAGUAUCAGAAAGAGCAUAUUCUGCUGUUUCUAUGACACUUACUUUUGUCAAAUAACUCAAAAUUCAAGAGGUGCAGCUCUAUUUACAAAUUUUACUUUUUCCAAUAAUAGCUGUGCUGUCCAUGCAUUCAGCACAUGACCACUCGAACGGCAGCAUUGCUCUGGCUACUAAGCAAAAACUAGUAACAUAAUAAAAUUAAAAUAUUAUAUUCUGUCGUCAAUAGAUGAAUGGCUUCAAUGAACUGUUAGGGGUGAAGGGGAUGAUUGAAUUUAGAACACUAGUGUAAUGAUGAGGAAUUGUGGGCGUUGUGGACAGUCUAAUUAUUUUAUUAUGAAAGGCUGGAAAUGGUAUAUAAUUCCCCUCAGAGUCAAAUCAGACACUGAGUACAACAUACAAUGUGUGUAGUUCACAAUGUCAAGCCGAACCAAACGAAUAGACGCACUGACAGCAUUGCAAAUGCUGCAGAAUUUAGAUGAGUUUAAGUCGGAUGGAGGAUUGGAUAUAAAAGUCUUCAUCUGAUUCUGAUGUUUACUUCGAGCCUCCGCCUCCGAUGCCUGAGCCUCGCUGCAGAAAAACCAGAACAGAGCCAACUGAGAUAAUGAUCCCAACUGCCACGGUGAGACAGUCUGGGAGGGAUGGCACGGUUUGGUAGAAAAGUAUGACGAGUUUAUGUGACAUGCAGAUGUUGAAGCACAUCAGAGAUGUUGCUCAUACGUACAGAAAAGGAAACAGUACGUGGGACAUGUCUAUGGAUGAACUCUAAGCAUUUAUUGCACUCUUGUAUGUCCGCGGGGCAUACGGCGGAAAGAGUUUGGAUGUGGAGUCAUUUUGGUUUGAUAGGUAAGGGGUGGACUUUUUCAGAGAUACCAUUUCACGCAACAGCUUCAGAGAGAUUAUGCGACACCUGCACACUUAACAAGGCCCAAGAAAACUGUGUGCAGUGCAACCGAUUUGUUUGUGGGGCUUGCGCACACAAAGCCCCAAAGCUGUGUGCUGACUGUGGACCCGAAGCAUAAAGACACGACAAGAUUGAUUCAUGCUUAAAUGCACGCAUAUAAGUGCACAAUACAGUGUCGAUUACAAUCAACAAAAUACUUAUAUUGUAUCUUGUCAUGAAUAUAUUUCCACAAAUAUUUAUUUAUGCAAUUCAUCCUUUACAAUUCAUGAUCUGGUACUUUUGUUUAGCAAUACUGCAUAUAAUUUCACCUGUGCACCUGGCUGGUUAUAUGUUUAUCUUUUCCGUUUCUACUUUGUCUAAAUAACCUGUAACUGGACUUUAUUAAUUACUAUAACUCUAUUACUAAUCAAAUCUACAAAUAGAGUUGAUCAAAUGGAUUACACUGUAAUGUUUUUAUUGUAAGGGAAAUUAAGAUAGGCUAGAGGUCUACAUUUUUUCUAGGACUUUGUAGAAUUAUACAAAACAUACAAUUGACUCUAUCUAAACAAAUAUAGUUGAAGUCAGAAGUUUACAUACACUAAGUUGACUGUGCCUUUGAACAGCUUGGAAAUUUUCAGAAAAUGAUGUCAUGGCUUUAGAAGCUUCUGAUAGGCUAAUUGACAUCAUUUGAGUCAAUUGGAGGUGUACCUGUGGAUGUAUUUCAAGGCCUACCUUCAAACUCAGUGCCUCUUAGCUUGACAUCAUGGGAAAAUCAAAAGAAAUCAGCCAAGACCUCAGAAAAAUUAUUGUAGACCUCCACAAGUAUGGUUCAUCCUUGGGAGCAAUUUCCAAACGCCUGAAGAUACCACAUUCAUCUGUACAAACAAUAGUAUGCGAGUAUAAACACCAUGGGACCACGCAGCCGUCAUACCGCUCAGGAAGGAGACGCGUUCUGUCUCCUACAGAUUAACGUACUUUGGUGUGAAAAGUGCAAAUCAAUCCCAGAACAACAGCAAAGGACCUUGUGAAGAUGCUGGAGGAAACAGGUACAAAAGUAUCUAUAGCCACAGUAAAACAAGUCCUAUAUCGACAUAACCUGAAAGGCCACUCAGCAAGGAAGAAGCCACUGCUCCAAAACCGCCAUAAAAAAGCCAGACUAUGGUUUGCAACUGCAUGUGGGGACAAAGAUCAUACUUUUUGGAGAAAUGUCCUCUGGUCUGAUGAAACAAAAACAGAACUGUUUGGCCAUAAUGAACAUCGUUAUGUUUGGAGGAAAAAGGGGGAGCCUUGCAAGCCGAAGAACACCAUCCCAACUGUGAAACACGGGGGUGGCAGUAUCAUGCUGUGGGGGUGCUUUGUUGCAGAAGGGACUGGUGGACUUCACAAAAUAGAUGGCAUCAUGAGGAAGGAAAAUUAUGUGGAUAUAUUGAAGCAACAUCUCAAGACAUAAGUCAGGAAGUUAAAGCUUGGUCACAAAUGUGUCUUCCAAAUGGACAAUGACCCCAAGCAUACUUCCAAAGUUGUGGCAAAAUGGCUUAAGGACAUCAAAGUCAAGGUAUUGGAGUGGCCAUCACAAAGCCCUGACCUCAAUCCUAUAGAAAAUGUGUGGGCAGAACUGAAAAAGUUUGUGCGAGCAAGGAGGCCUACAAACCUGACUCAGUUACACCAGCUCUGUCAGGAGGAAUGGGCCAAAAUUCACCCAACUUAUUGUGGGAAGCUUGUGGACGGCUACCUGAAACGUUUGACCCAAGUUAAACAAUUUAAAGGCAAUGCUACUAAAUACUAAUUGAGUGUAUGUAAACUUCUGACCCACUGGGAAUGUGAUGAAAUAAAUAAAUAAUUUGCUCUACUACACUGCUCAAAAAAAUAAAGGGAACACUUAAACAACACAAUGUAACUCCAAGUCAAUCACACUUCUGUGAAAUCAAACUGUCCACUUAGGAAGCAACACUGAUUGACAAUACAUUUCACAUGCUGUUGUGCAAAUGGAAUAGACAACAGGUGGAAAUUAUAGGCAAUUAGCAAGACACCCCCAAUAAAGGACUGGUUUUGCAGGUGGUGACCACAGACCACUUCUCAGUUCCUAUGCUUCCUGGCUGAUGUUUUGGUCACUUUUGAAUGCUGGCAGUGCUUUCACUCUAGUGGUAGCAUGAGACGGAGUCUACAACCCACACAAGUGGCUCAGGUAGUGCAGCUCAUCCAGGAUGGCACAUCAAUGCGAGCUGUGGCAAGAAGGUUUGCUGUGUCUGUCAGCGUAGUGUCCAGAGCAUGGAGGCACUACCAGGAGACGGGCCAGUACAUCAGGAGACGUGGAGGAGGCCGUAGGAGGGCAACAACCCAGCAGCAGGACUGCUACCUCCACCUUUGUGCAAGGAGGAGCAGGAGGAACACUGCCAGAUCCCUGCAAAAUAAUCUCCAGCAGGCCACAAAUGUGCAUGUGUCUGCUUAAACGGUCAGAAACAGACUCCAUGAGGGUGGUAUGAGGGCCCGACGUCCACAGGUGGGGGUUGUGCUUACAGCCCAACACCGUGCAGGACCUUUGGCAUUUGCCAGAGAACACCAAGAUUGGCAAAUUCGCCACUGGCGCCCUGUGCUCUUCACAGAUGAAAACAGGUUCACACUGAGCACGUGACAGACGUGACAGAGUCUGGAGACGCCGUGGAGAACGUUCUGCUGCCUGCAACAUCCUCCAGCAUGACCAGUUUGGCGGUGGGUCAGUCAUGGUUUGGGGUGGCAUUUCUUUGGGGGGCCGCACAGCCCUCCAAGUGCUCGCCAGAGGUAGCCUGACUGCCAUUAGGUACCGAGAUGAGAUCCUCAGACCCCUUGUGAGACCAUAUGCUGGUGCGGUUGGCCCUGGGUUCCUCCUAAUGCAAGACAAUGCUAGACCUCAUGUGACUGGAGUGUGUCAGCAGUUCCUGCAAGAGGAAGGCAUUGAUGCUAUGGACUGGCCCGCCCGUUCCCCAGACCUGAAUCCAAUUGAGCACAUCUGGGACAUCAUGUCUCGCUCCAUCCACCAACGCCACAUUGCACCACAGACUGUCCAGGAGUUGGCGGAUGCUUUAGUCCAGGUCUGGGAGGAGAUCCCUCAGGAGACCAUCCGCCACCUCAUCAGGAGCAUGCCCAGGCAUUGUAGGGAGGUCAUACCGGCACGUGGAGGCCACACACACUACUGAGCCUCAUUUUGACUUGUUUUAAGGACAUUACAUCAAAGUUGGAUCAGCCUGUAGUGUGGUUUUCCACUUUAAUUUUGAGGGUGACUCCAAAUCCAGACCUCCAUGGGUUGAUAAAUUUGAUUUCCAUUGAUAAUUGUUGUGUGAUUUUGUUGUCAGCACAUUCAACUACGUAAAGAAAAAAGUAUUUAAUAAGAUUAUUUCAUUCAUUCAGAUCUAGGAUGUGUUAUUUUAUUGUUCCCUUUAUUUUUUUUGAGCAGUGUAUUAUUCUGACAUUUCACAUUCUUUAAAUAAAGUGGUGAUCCUAACUGACCUAAGACAGGGAAUUUUUACUAGGAUUAAAUGUCAGGAAUUGUGAAAAACUGAGUUUAAAUGUAUUUGGCUAAGGUGUAUGUAAACUUAUUUUUUUAAAUAAAUGCAACAUGCAACAAUUUCAAAGAUUUGACUGAGUUACAUUUCAUAUAAGGAAAUCAGUCAAUUGAAAUAAAUUCAAUAGGCCCUAAUCAAUGGAUUUCACAUGAGUGGGAAUACAGAUAUACGUCUGUUGGUCACAGAUACCUUCAAAAAAAAAGUAAGGGCGUGGAUCAGAAAACCAGUCAGUAUCUGGUGUGACCACCAUUUGCCUCAUGCAGUGUAUAGAGUUGAUCAUGCUGUUGAUUGUGGCAUGUGGAAUGUUGUCCCACUCCUCUUCAAUGGCUGUGCAAAGUUGCUGGAUAUUUGCGGGAACUGGAACACACUGUCAUACACGUCAAUCCAGAGCAUCCCAAACAUGCUCAAAGGGUGACAUGUCUGGUGAGUUUGCAAGCCAUGGAAGAACUGGGACAUUUUCAGCUUCCAGGAAUUGUGUACAGAUGGGGCCGUGCAUUAUCAUGGUGAAACAUGAGGGGAUGGCAGCGGAUGAAUGGCACGACAAUGGGCCUCAGGAUCUCGUCACAGUAUAUCUGUGCAUUAAAAAAUUGCCAUCGAUAAAAUGCAAUUUUGUUUGUUGUCCAUAGCUUAUGCCUGCCUAUACCAUAACCCCACCAUGGGGCACUCUGUUCACAAAGUUGACAUCAGCAAACCGCUCACCCACACAACGCCAUACAUGCUAUCUGCUGUCUGUCCGGUACAGUUGAAACUGGGAUUAAUCCAUGAAGAGCACACUUCUCCAGCGUGUCAGUGGCCAUCGAAGGUGAGCAUUUGCCCCCUGAAGUUGGUUAAGACGCCAAACUGCAGUCAGCUCAAGACCCUAGUGAGGACGACCAGGUGAGCUUCCCUGAGACAGUUUCUGACAGUUUGUGCAGAAAUUAAGUUGUGCAAAAACCCACAGUUGUGCAACCCCAGAGUUUCGUCAGCUGUCCGGGUGGCUGGUCUCAGAUGAUCCCGCAGGUGAAGAAGUCGGAUGUAGAGUUCCUGCGGUUGUGUUCCUGCGGUAGUGAGGCCGGUUGGACGUGCUGCCACAUUCUCUAAAAUGACGUUGGAGGUGGCUUAUGAUAUAGAAAUGAACAUUCAAUUAUCUGGCAACAGCUCUGGUGGACAUUCCUGCAGUCAGCAUGCCAAUUGCACUCUCCCUCAAAACUGGCAUUGUGUUGUGUGACAAAACUGCACAUUUUAGAGUGGCCUUUUGUUUUGGCUCCAGCACAAGAUGCACCUGUGUAAUGAUCAUGCUGUUUAAUCAGCUUCAUGAUAUGCCACACCGGUCAGGUGGAUGGAUUAUCUUGGCAAAGGAGAAAUGCUCACUAACAGGGAUGUAACCACAUUUGUUGACAAAAUCUUAGAGAAAUAAACCAUAUGGAACAUUUCUGGGGUCUUUUAUUUCAGCUCAUAAAACAUGGAACCAACACUUUACAUGUUGCAUUUAUAGUUUUGUUCGGUAUAUUUCCACAAAUAUUUCUACAUGCAAUUAAUCCUUUACAAUAGUUUAUGCACUAUUUAUCAAGUGUUGGUGCUCAUGUUUGCACACCAUCAGGUUGAUAGGUGUCACGUUUGUUGAAGGACGGACCAAGGCGCAGCGUGAUAUGCAUACAUGUUUAUUAUACCGAAUAAACACAACGACAAAACAACAAACUAAACGAGACGUGAAGUCCAAGGUAGACAUAAACAACAUACCUUACACGGAACAAGAUCCCACAACUAGACUGUGCCAAUUGGCUGCUUAAGUAUGGUCCCCAAUCAGAGACAACGAGCGACAGCUGCCUCUGAUUGGGAACCACACCGGCCAACAUAGAUCCACACAUACUAGUAUAUACAACAUAGAAAACGCACAACAAAGAAUAUACACACCCUGACUCAACAUUUAAGCGUCCCCUGAGUCAGGGCGUGACAGUACCCCCCCCCCCCCCCCAAAGGUGCGGACUCUGACCGCACAACAAACAUAACAGGGUAGGGGCCGGGUGGGCAUUUCCGCCUCGGAGGCGGAUCCGGCUUGGGGCGUGACGACCUCUCACUCUCCGCCUCCCUGUUGCGCCCCUGGUCUGGUCUGGACCUCGGCGCGCUACUUCCCCUCUCCUUCCUCCCACGAUACGCCAGGCCCUGUCUGGACCCUGGUGUGGGAGACCCCGAACCUGGAGAGGGGCUGACGUCAUGGUCUGGACUGGAGCCGCUGACCGGAGCUGGACUGGGCACCGGUGGAGCGUACUGCUCUGGCUCCGGAGUGGAGCAGCUGACCGGAGCUGGUUCAGGCACCGGUGGAGCGGACUGCUCUGCCUCCGGAGUGGAACAGCUGACCGGAACUAGAUCAGGCACCGGUGGAGCGGACUGCUCUGUCUCCGGAGUGACCAGGCACCGGUGGAACGGGCACGGGCCGUGCCAGACUGGACAAACGCACCACAGGCUUGGUGCGAGGGGCAGGAACGGGCCGGGCCGGACUGGCGACGCGCACCAUUGGCUUGGUGCGAGGAGCAGGACCGGGUCGGGCCGGGCUGGCGACGCGCACCACUGGCUUGGUGCGAGGAGCAGGGUCGGGCCGGGCCGGCGACGCGCACCACUGGCUUGGUGCGAGGAGCAGGAACAGGCCGGGCCGGCGACGCGCACCACUGGCUUGGUACGAGGAGCAGGAACAGGCCGGGCCGGGCUGGCGACGCGCACCACUGGCUUGGUGCGGGGAGCAGGAACGGGCCGGACUGGACUGGCGACACGCACCACUUGCUUGGUGCGAGGAGCAGGACUGGGUUCCUUUAUUAACCCCCGUUCCUUCUGCUGCCUAACCAGCUCCUCUCGCCGUGCCUCUACACCUCCCUUCUAGCCUCCUGUAGCGCCUCCCUCUGACCGAAUACCUCCUGCUCCCUCUGAACCAAUAGCCCCCGUAAUCUAGACUGUGCCAAUAGGCUGCUUAAGUAUGGACCCCAAUCAGAGACAACGAGCGACAGCUGCCUCUGAUUGGGAACCACACCGGCCAACAUAGAUCCACACAUACUAGAGUAUUCAACAUAGAAAACACACAACAAAGAAUAUACACACCCUGACUCAACUUUUAAGCGUCCCCUGAGUCAGGGCGUGACAAUAGGCAUCUGAUGAAUAUGCUAAAUGUACACAACACAUUGCGAUAAGUGAUAUUAUGUGGUAUUUAACAUGUAAUGAUGAUGUUAUGAAAUGGGUUUUUCUCUGGUCCUGUCCUGUAGUGGUGCUGAUGGAGAAUGGGGAUGUCUAUACGUUUGGCUACGGUCAGCAUGGUCAGCUUGGACACGGAGAUGUCAACCUAAGGUAACUACUGACACACACGUACACAAAUUAUUAGUAAACAGACGAUAAAGAAAUACAUUUAAUUUAUAAUGCAGUACAAUCAUGUAGUCCCUUGAUGUUUAGCCUCACAGUUUGGUAGUAAAGGCUGUCCUUGAACCUGGGUAUUAACUCUGUAUUUCUCUCUCUCUUUCCCUCCUUUCUAUGUGUCUGUGUAGGGGAUCUCCCACACUGGUGCAGGCUCUCCCAGGUCCGAGUGUCCAGGUGACAGCUGGUAGUAACCACACGGCCGUGCUCCUCAUGGACGGGCAGGUCUUCACCUUCGGCAGCUUCUCGGUACACCACGCAGCUCUAUGCCUCUACCUUUUCAAAUACUUUUUUACACAGAUGUGAUUUUUCUCUCAGACUUUGUUUUCCUGAUUAACUAGAACCAUUGAAUUGUAUCUAACCCAAACCAGAACCCCUAGUUUUCCUUAUUGACCUUGUUGUAAUGGUAACAUCUUUGCAAUGUUACUUUGUCCAUUGCUUAAAUUCUUAUUGAAUACAUAGAGAUUAAUAAUGUAUCGUAUUUGAAAUGCUGGUGACCACAGAAUGAGGAUACUGACUUUUCUUCUCUGUCUUGUUGUCUGAUCAUGGUUGUUUUACCUACUUUUGUUGAAUGUGGUGAUUUGUAAGUCAUUCUAAAUAAGAUGACUGACAUGACUAAAUUACUAAAAUGACUGUAAGGACUGAAAUGAAAUACAUGUCUCCACAGAAAGGGCAGCUGGGUCGGCCAAUCCUGGACAUGCCCUACUGGAACGCCAAGCCCUCCCCCAUGCCCAACAUUGGUGCCAAGUACGGCCGCAAGGCCACCUGGAUCGGGGCCAGCGGCGACCAGACCUUCCUGAGGAUAGACGAGGCCCUGAUCAACUCACACGUCCUGGCUACUUCCGAGAUCUUCGCUAGCAAAGACAUCAUCGGUAAGUUGCACGCCCUCUGCUCACUAAGGUCCUAACCUUAAUCUGAGAUCAGGACUCAUAUUAAUAAAGCGUCUCAAAUUAGUAAUGCUGAUCUAGAAGUGUAGAUCUUAAUGAAUGAGAUUCCAUGGACAGGUGGGACCUGAUCCUACAAUAGCACUGCUACUCUGAGAUGCUUUGUGAAUACAGGCCUUGUGCACAACUUCCAUUGACAGAAAUGUAUGAUUCACAUGCAAGUUAGGAUUGGUCCUUUACUCAAAACCUCUUUAUGUGGAAAUGUCUUAUUUUGUGUGAAGAUAUUACACACAAGAAUAUAUAAUAUUUAGAUUAAACAAUAAAGAUGUCCAAUGCCAUUUUAGCCUCAAAAUUCCACACAAUGAAAAUAGUGCAUUAGCCUUUAAUUAACCUUUCUUCUUUGUGUCCGACCAGGCUUAGUCCCCACCUCUGUGUCGGAGCCCCCUCCCUUUAAAUGCCUGCUCAUCAACAAGUUGGAUGGCAGCUGCCGCACCUUCAACGACUCAGAGCAGGAGGACCUGCAGGGCUUCGGCCUCUGUCUCGACCCCGUCUACAACGUCAUCUGGAGGUCAGACUUUCUCUUUAUUUCAAUCUUUAGCACUCUCUCGCGCGCGCUCCCUCUCCCUCCCUCUUUCCCCUUC